GGCUGGGCGGUGGAAGCGGCUGCUCGUGGCUCCUCCUCUUCCCCUGUCCCCAUCUGGGGCUCCUGAGUGACGUCACCGAUCAGGAAGCCGCUGGCCCCUGCCGGGGAGGGUGGCCGGUACCCCUGGGCAGGGGUCCCUCAGGUGCAUGGGCUAGAGACCGGGGGAAGAAGGGAGGACCCCAGGGCGGGGGUGGCCCCCGGCCGGUGCACGGGAGGCCCCCAGCGUCUGCUUCCUUUUUCCCCCUUUCUCUAGGAAGGUGCCCCUGGUCCCCGCCCGGAGGGCUGAGACCCUGCUGGACUAUGACUGGCUGAUGCCGGACUUGAUGCGGCUCUUGCUUGCUCUCUGAAUUGCCUAGCAACAGAGAGCGGAGCCGAGGCUGCAGGUGGGUCGUGCCCCUCGAGGAGGGCCGGAGCGACCCCUCACGCCAAACGUCAUGUUCAGCAGGUCGGGCUACCGGGCCUUGCCCCUGGGCGACUUUGACCGCUUCCAGCAGUCCAGCCUGGGCAUCUAUGGCUCCAAGCAGGGCUUCUUCCCCACCAUUCUGAGCCGAGACCGCCUGAGCCCGGCGCAGGACGUGGCAGACUCUCCCCAGAGCUGGCCGUCCUACAUCUGCCACAGCAUUAUCAGCUUCCUGGUGUUCCUGCUGCUCGUGGUCACUUUUCCCAUUUCCGGAUGGUUUGCUUUGAAGAUCGUCCCUACCUACGAACGGAUGGUCGUGUUUCGUCUGGGCCGGAUCCGGGGCCCCCAGGGCCCAGGUAUGGUCCUCGUGCUUCCUUUCAUCGACUCAUGGCAGAGGGUAGAUCUGAGGACAAGAGCGUUCAACGUCCCUCCUUGUAAGCUGACCUCCAAGGAUGGCGCCCUGGUCUCCGUGGGGGCGGACGUCCAGUUCCGCAUCUGGGACCCGGUGCUCUCAGUGAUGAUGGUGAAGGACCUGAACUCGGCCACCCGCAUGACGGCCCAGAACGCCAUGACCAAGACCUUGCUGAAGAAGCCGCUGCGCGAGAUCCAGAUGGAAAAGCUGAAGAUCGGGGAACAGCUCCUGGUAAGCACCCUAGCAUCUUAUUUGUCCCCAAAGCAGGGUCCAGGACAGGGGGAGGGGAGAUUUUCUAUCUCAUCAUAUCUGUUCAUGAGAUAGAAAAUGAACAGGAAAAUGCUAACAUCAAAGAGAAGCUGGAAGGAAUAUUUCUGCUAUGAGUUGGAAUAAAUCUAUUGUCUACAUUAGAUGGGAAGUGAUCACAGUACUAGGGUUAGAAGUGACAUGGGGGUCAUCCGUAUUCCCCCAUUUCUUGGCUUCAUGCACGAUUGUCAAUGAGAGACAGAGACAGAGAGACGGGAAGGUGAAAGAGGAAAAAGAGACAAUGAGACACAGAGACAGAGAGACGGGAAGGGGAAAGAGGAAAAACAGACAAUGAGACACAGAGACAGAGAGAUGGGAAGGGGAAAGAGGAAAAAGAGACAAUGAGAGACAGAGACAGAGAGACGGGAAGGGGAAAGAGGAAAAACAGACAAUGAGAGACAGAGACAGAGAGAGGGGAAGGGGAAAGAGAAUAAAGAGACAAAGAGAGACAGAGACAGAGAGACGGGAAGAGGAAAGAGGAAAAAGAGACAAUGAGAGACAGAGACAGAUACACGGGAAGGGGAAAGAGGAAAAAGAGACAAAGAGAGACAGAGACAGACAGAGGGGGAGGGGAAAGAGGAAAGAGGAAAAACAGACAAUGAGAGACAGAGACAGACAGAGGGGGAGGGGAAAGAGGAAAAAGAGACAAAGAGAGACAGAGACAGAGAGACGGCGAGGGGAAAGAGGAAAAAGAGACAAUGAGAGACAGAGACAGAGAGACGGGAAGGGGAAAGAGGAAAAAGAGACAAUGAGAGACAGAGACAGAGAGACGGGAAGGAUAAAGAGGAAAAAGAGACAAUGAGAGACAGAGACAGAGAGACGGGAAGGGGAAAGAGGAAAAAGAGACAAUGAGAGACAGAGACAGAGAGACGGGAAGGGGAAAGAGGAAAAAGACAAAGAGAGACACAGACAGAGAGAGGGGAAGUGGAAAGAGGAAAAAGAGACAAUGAGAGACAGAGACAGAGAGAGGGGAAGUGGAAAGAGGAAAAAGAGACAAUGAGAGACAGAGAUAGAGAGAGGGGGAGGGGAAAGAGGAAAAAUAGACAAUGAGAGACAGAGACAGAGAGACGGGAAGGGAAAGAGGAAAAACAGACAAUGAGAGACAGAGAUAGAGAGACGGGAAGGGGAAAGAGGAAAAAGAGACAAUGAGAGACAGAGACAGAGAGAC